CCAAGGGAAACUCCAGUUUAUAGCACCUUGCUGGUCUCCUAACUGUGAAUGGCAACGUGAUUUUAGCAGGAUAUUUAAUUCGGCUUUUUAUUUUUGCAACAAUAAUAUAAUCUUGCAAACAGUGAUUUAUAUAUGUAGACACCCAUUAGUGUCAAACUUCCGUUGGAAAUUUCAUGUCUUCUCUGUCAUGGUGUACCUCAUUUGUCAGGCAACUCAUGAUGCCUGAAGAUUCUGUUUUUUGCUUCGAAUUUCCUGUAGUUUUCAACAUCCAACAUGGAAAAUGCAGGCAUUCUCUCUGGAUUUCAACCUAAGGUCACAUAUGAACACACAUUCACAAGAGAACUAUCAUAUCUGCCCGUUUCCAGAAUGUGGAAAGCGUUAUGCUCAUGAGUACAAGCUAAAGAAUCACGUCAUGACUCACCGUGAAAAGAGAAGCCAUCCAGAACUCCAAAAUCUGCUGCAGUGGCUAAUGGCUCUGCAUUAUGCCUGCCCGCAUGAUGGGUGUGAAAAGGCCUACAUCCAUGAAUACAAACUGAACCUUCAUUUGAGGAGAGAGCACCCCGACCAUUUCCCAGAUGAAAAUGCCAAGAAUGCCCAAUCUAAUGUUGCUAAUGAGAUGGAUGAAACCAUUGAUGAAGAUGCAUAUGUGGGGAAACGGGGAAAUGGAAAAAUUCAGAAACAAAGCAGGCCGAAGCCAAACUUGAAGCUACCUCCUUCAAAAGUUGCAAAGCGCAAAGGCUCGAGUGCUUCUCCAGCCAGUGUGAAUAUAGUAGUGAAAAAACCGUGGCCUGUUAAAGAAGAAAUUUACGAGGAAGAAGAUAGUGAAGAAACAGAAGAGGACCGCGACAAUGCUGAGAAUGGAUGGAGAUACAGAGGGAAUAAUGAAGAAGAUGAUGAAGAGACAGAGGAUGAAGAUUAGGCUUUCAUCAAUGGACACUUUCACUCCCACCGCUUCUUUUCAAAAUGAUAGGUGUAGUCUUCUUUACUUCAUUCAAUUUGAUGCAUAUAGUGAUAAUUCCUGUAAAAAUUAUUUAUAUAUAUAAAAAAAAAUUCUAGUAAAACUCUAUAUUUGUGUGUGUCUGAACACUAACAUUGAAUGUUGAAUUUAAACAAAGGAUGUGGA